GAGACCACACAUGUACUCCUGGCCACACACGGCCUGCGCGUGACAUGGCAGCGACCAGCGGCAAGCUCCGGCCGCCCUUCCGGCUUCUCCUCCUGCUCCUGGCCGCCGCCGUCGCCCGCUCGGUGGACGGCGUCGAGCUGACCCUCCUCACCGGCGCUCGAGAGAAGGGCGCCGUGUGCUUGGAUGGGAGCCCGCCGGGCUACCACCUGCAGAGAGGCUUCGGCUCUGGAGAGCACAGCUGGUUUAUCCAUCUUCAGGGAGGAGCCUGGUGCAACACCAUCGAAGAUUGUUCCAAACGCAAAAUGAGCGCGUAUGGUUCAUCGAAAUUCAUGCGAGCAGUAGAGUUCAACGGGAUACUCAGCAAUGACCAACAACUGAAUUCUGAUUUUUACAACUGGAACAGAGUUUUCAUAAGAUACUGCGAUGGAGCAUCGUUUUCUGGGGAUGGGGAGGCUCAAGAUCAGGAUGGGAGCACACUCCACUUCAGAGGAUUGCGCAUCUGGGAAGCAGUUAUUAAUGAGCUAAUGGGAAAAGGACUUGCAACUGCUAAACAGGCCAUACUCUCAGGUUGCUCUGCUGGUGGUCUGGCUGCACUACUACACUGCAAUGAUUUUUAUGCAAGAUUUUCUAAGGAGGUUUCAGCUAAAUGCCUUCCUGAUGCUGGAUUUUUCCUUGAUAUUGAGGAUUUAUCCGGGGAGAGGCACAUGUGGUCUGUAUUCAAUGGAACUGUUCAUCUUCAGAAUGUUACACAGGUUUUGUCAAAGGACUGUCUUGCAAAGAAGGAUCCAACAGAGUGCUUCUUUCCUGCUGAGCUUGUUAAGAGCAUCACCGCUCCCACGCUUAUUCUGAACUCUGCUUAUGAUUCUUGGCAGAUACAAAAUGCCCUUGCGCCAGAUGGAUCCUUUCCUGGACAGUCAUGGUCCAGUUGCAAAACUGACAUUCGAAAUUGUAGUUCCACACAAAUCCAAGUAUUCAAUGGAUUCAGGAAUAAAUUUGUCGAUGACAUAGAGGUUGUGAAAGACAAAAAGGACUGGGGUCUUUUCAUUGAUUCAUGUUUCACUCACUGUCAAACGCCAUUCGACAUCUCAUGGAACUCACAGGCCUCCCCAGUUCUCGGUAACAAGAUUGUCGCGGAGGCUAUUGGGGAUUGGUAUUUCGAGAGAAGCUAUGAAGUGAAAGAAAUCGACUGCGAGUAUCCGUGUAACCCCACAUGUAGCAGCCAGCUGCCUAAAUGAUUUUACAUUGGGCUGGACCCAGACUACCACCCUUCCCUGAAUAUUUAUGCAGGCUUAUUUGAUGAAGCAGCAGCUGCAGAUCAUCUUUCACCAUUUGUUCUGUGAACAACUAAUAGCCAUGCUUUGCUGAUAAUCAGACGCCUGUAAUAAGUCAAACAGUGGCCAUCUCGGGUGAAAAGGAAUUACUACGAAUACUUCAUAUUUCAGUACAUCGGCUGCAUAUUCUUCUGCA